CGCGCAUAAACACACAAAAUGGCUCUUUCUCUUCUCCCUUCAAUUCCCCCCAAACCCCCCUUUCCUCAACCUUAAUUCAUCCUUCUCCCUUGCUAAUAUAAGUUUAAAUGCAUGUAUACAUACUUAUGAACCCUAAUUAUUUGAUAUAUGGAAUUAUAUGUAUGUAGGUGAUUGAUGGCGAUUGUCACAGGGGAUAGAUACUUGGAAUCUUUAGUGAAAUUCGUGGAAAACAACACAGAACCGUUAAUUGAAGGAACCCUUGUGUUGAAAUUGAACCCCGUGGGGCUUCGGUAUGUGCAAUCGAGGCUUGAGGCUUUGGCGGAGCUGGAGAGUUUGUUGGCCGGAGCUCCGGUGGAUUAUCUGCGUGCGUAUGUUUCCGACUUGGGUGAUCACCGGGCGCUGGAGCAGCUCCGGAGAAUUCUGCGGUUGUUACCGUCAUUGAAGGUGGUUUCGAUGUUGCCUCCGCCGGGGAGGGAUCCUACGCCGCUGUAUUUGUUGCCGUUUGGGAGGUUGAAGAUUCUGGAGAUCAGGGGAUGUAAUCUCUCGGCCUCGGCUGCCAGGGGGUUACUCGAAUUGAGACAUACUUUGGAGAAGUUGAUCUGCCACAAUUCUACUGAUGCAUUGAGGCAUAUAUUUGCAAGUAGAAUUGCGGAGAUAAAGGAUUCACCGCAAUGGAACCGGUUGUCGUUUAUUUCAUGUGCGUGUAAUGGCUUGAUGCUUAUGGACGAGUCUUUGCAGCUUCUUCCAGCUGCUGAAACCAUCGAUCUCAGUAGGAACAAAUUUGCAAAGGUGGAUAAUCUUCGGAAGUGUACCAAAUUGAAGCACCUGGAUCUUGGAUUUAAUAACCUGAGAAGUAUUGCAUCAUUUAGUGAGGUCUCGUGUCAAAUUGUAAAACUCGUGCUGAGGAACAAUGCUUUAACCACAUUGCGAGGGAUUGAGAAUUUGAAGUCACUUGAAGGGCUUGAUCUUUCCUUCAACGUUAUUUCAAACUUCUCUGAGAUAGAGAUCCUUGCUGGCCUUCCAUCUCUUCAGAGCUUAUGGUUGGAAGGAAAUCCUCUUUGUUCUGCAAGAUGGUACCGCUCCCAAGUUUUUAGCCUUUUCCUUCAUCCAGAAAAACUUAAGCUGGACGAGAAGAGAAUGUCCCCGAGAGAGUUUUGGAAGCGGCAGAUUAUAGUGGCAAGCCAGCAGAGGCGACCUGCUAGCUUUGGAUUCUAUUCACCAGCCAAAGGUGAUGCUGGACUGGAGGGGACUAUCAAUACAAAUAGGAGGAAGAUCUCUCGUCUUGUCAGUAUCGAGAGUGAAGAGCAGAGCACAUAUAUAUAUUCGGACCAAGAUUCAGUGUCGUGUGAUAAUGAGAUUCAAACCAAAGAGGAUAAUGAUAUUACAGAUGAGGAAGCUGAAAUAGCAGAUUUCAUGAGAAGAAUUGAAUUAAUGAAAAAAGAAAGGUCUGUUUUAUGGUUGCAGGAAUUCAAAGAAUGGAUGAAUCAAGCUUCUGACAAUUUUGUUGAUGACAGCAAAUGUGGCCGUGGGAGCCGAAUUUUAAGUAAUAAUAGAGAGAUUCAUAUGAAAAGUGAGGCAAUAGAUGAGAAUCUUGGAGCGAGCUCGAGAUAUAUCUCGGACUCUGUUCAGCUUUCUGGGGAUGAGAGUAGUACAGUUGUUCUAGAAUCUGAAACCUCCUUUGUGGACACAUCCACAGUUGUCAGUGCCCAGCAGUACUUCAACCGAAUUGGUGAAGUAGCUUCAAAGUUUUUCAUGGGUCAUGCAAGUGGGGAUAGAUCUGUUGUCAAAAGUACGGGUCUGAAUCAUGAACAUACAACAUUCUUAAAUGAUGGACACCUGUCUGCAGAUACUAGAAACUCACCUCUUAAAUCACUGGGAAUCUCCAGAGGUAAAGAUGUGAGUGCUAAGAAUAUAAAUAGCUAUUCAGUAGCAAUUGAUGAUAUUAUUGUAUCUCGUUCUUCAUCAGCUUGCCCUGGAUCUCCUCCUCAUUACCAAGCAGACAUUUUGCAUCGGCGCCAAAACUUAGAAGAAGAAUUUCUUCAGCUAUCUGCAGAAUCCUUCUCGGUGGCAUCUUCUGAUAGCAAUACAAGUUGUAGUGAUGAUGAUUCUGGUGAAAUUGGUGCUUCUAAAACUCAGGUUGAUCAGUCUAUGAUCAACAAAAUAUCUGGAAGUGGUUUGAAUGGCUACUUUUCUGCUUCUCAGUCUGGUGAUGCUGACCAAGGUGAAAGGUCCAAACUGAAAGAAAAUGGGACUCACACUUCAGAUUCAAGCGUGGAAGGAAAUUCUAAUAAUAUUUCAGUUAGAGAGCUGGAUAGGUCCACCUAUACAAGUAGCAAUUUUACUGAUGGUGUGCAUGAUGGUGAAAUUGUAAGUUCUCUGAAACAGGAAGCUGAUUGGUUGGAGAAGAAAAAAUUCAAAAGGAAACCAAAAAAGAGAAUGAUUUCGUUACCAGAGGAGGAUGGCCAUGGUGACUCUGACUCAUCGAAGAAAUCCAAUGAUAAUGUGGAAAAAUGCAGAAAUGAUAAGGAACUUGAAAAAGAAAUCUGUUGUGCUACUGGUGACUUGCAGAAGCCAUGUGCUGAGAAAAAUACCUGUGAAAGCACUACAAAUGAUUACAGGGGACACCAUUCUGGAGUCACUUCGUCAAAUAGUGGGAAAGAUGAUGUUAUUGAGAGCUAUUUUAAUUUGAACAUUGCAGAUUCUGGGUCUUGUGAAACUUGUACACAGUAUACAUGUUGCAACUGUCUGUUCCAGGAAAAAUCAGGUCAUUUUGAAAGGGAAGUGGCUAUAUUAAGGAGCAGUAAAGACAAGUUGUACGUAUUAAUCAUUGUCGAGGCAUGUGAUGGGUCAGCAACAACAUUAGAAAUGGUGGGUUGUCAUGGCGUUGGAGAUGUUAGAGACGCCUACGUUGGAUUAGGAGUUCAAGUUGUAAGGGUGUGCUUUGAUGGCAAUGCUGCAUAUCUGUUCAUAACAAGGUGCAUAGAGAGAUCAAGAGAAUUGCUAUGGGUUUUGGAAUUCUUUGAUUUGUGUGGGAUAAAAGAUUAUUGCUCCCUGACAAGCUUGGAGCAGAUCCAGGUUCAUCUUUUAGAGCAGCAUGUUUGUGGAUGUUCAAAUAUAAACAUUUUUCAGUACUCAAUGGUUCUCUUUUGGCAGAACAACUUGAAAGAAGAUUUGUGGCUUUCAAGGUCGCUGUUCAUUGUUGGAGGACAGUUGCUUGUCUGCAUUGAGGACCUUGAGCAGUUUGGCCCCACUGAGCUUGCAUCUUCUAAUUAUUUUUCGCUGGAUUCAAGUUGUGCCAUUGUUAAUAUCUCAGAGAUGGUCAUUGAUACUCUGGAUGGCCUCUGCGUGACCCUGGCUCUCAAUUGUACAUCAGAGUUACGUCCUGUACAGAAAGAAUGCACUGUAAAGGAUGCUGCAGUUAUCAAGAAAGGGCCGGUUUCAGGUCCCGUAAUGUGGAAACUGAAGUGGUUCUCGGAAGGGAGUCUUUUCAAGUUUGUGGCAUUACUGAAGGCAAUCCAUGCUCAGGCAACUUCUUCUUCUUCACUAUUAGUAAAAUAUAUCUCGUGAUUGAAAAUGGGAUUAUCGUAUAUUUGAAAAUUAAAUUUCUUUGAUUCUUUUGGUGUGGGGUGUCUCCAUUUCCAGUUUCACAGUUUAUAUUAUCUGAUUUGUUGUAGAAAAUGUAUGGUGUACAGUGUAGUUGUCAAAUGAAAUGUGGAUAGUUUUCAGUUAUAUUGAAGUGUAAACACAGGAGAGAUUUUAGUAUUUUUCCUUGCAUGGCUUUAGUUUAGUGAAUGGAACAAUACUUGGUAUAUA